UGCAAAUUUAAGUGUGCUUGUUGAGUUUAAUUCAUUCCGAUAAGUUGAUUUUAAUCUGAGUUCACGAGGACGGGCAGAGGACAGAAGCAGGUCCAGGACCAGGAACAAGAUGGAUGGACGCAGUGAUGGAAGGAUACACUGAUGCCACAGGUGUAUCGUCUACAACCGUGUAUCGAGCCAAAAAACGAGCCGGACUAUCGACUAACACGAAGAUAGUGACUCCAAAUCGCGAUUAUAAACAAAAUACGACGGCCAAAGCGCGAUCCCGGAGGCUGUACACGACGAUGCUGACGAAGUUUGAAUGCGUGGUAGUGGACGACGAAACCUACGUCAAAGCCGACUACGAGCAGCUUCCGGGACAGAAGUUUUAUACGGCAAAAGGAAGGGGAAAGGUUGCAGAUAUUUUCAAGCACAUGAAACUGUCAAAGUUCGCGAAGAAAUCUCUGGUUUUUCAAGCCAUCUGUACCUGUGGCUUGAAAAGCAGCAUUUUCAUAGCUUCUGUGACUGUCAACCAAGAAAUUUACGUGAAAGAGUGUUUGAAUAAACGUCUGCUGCCUUUCCUGAAGAAACACGGUUGUUCCGUACUGUUUUGGCAUCUUGCCAUUACGGUAAAAAGGCCAUGGAGUGGUACGCCGCCAACAACGUGCAGGUGGUUCCCAAGGACAAGAACCCUCCCAAUACGCCAGAGCUCCGCCCAAUGAGAUAUACUGGGCUAUUGUCAAGCGGAACCUAAAGAAGACCAAAAAAACUGCUAAGGACGAGCAGCUGUUCAAGGCAAACUGGCUUUCUGCGGCGAAGAAGGUGGACAAGGUGGCUGUACAAAAUCUGAUGGCAGGUGUUAAGCGUAAGGCCCGGCAAUUCGGAUUUGGAAAAGCGGAAGCCUACUGAAUAUUUUUUCUGAAUUUUAUACUAAUUAAACUUGAAAAAGAAAUUUAAACUGAUUUUUUAAUAAACGAUUUCACCGAUUUACACGCAUUUUCCCUCGACCAAAUUUUGACCGUAUCGCCCUUUAUGUUAAGAAACCUUAAGAAAAUUUUCAUAAGAUUCCUUCGCGGUUCUCAAUAUGUCAAUAAGGCAAAAAAGCUUUAAAUUAAAAUUUGUCUCCAGUGCUUAGUUUUGAUUUAAAGAAUAAAAUUUCGAAUCAUAAAUAUACGAUGAUUUUAAUCUUAUAGCGAAUAUUAUUUUGAAAUUUUUUUAACGAAUAAAACAAAAUGCAUGUGAAUUCGCGUAAUGCUCUGAGACGUCUUUUCACGAAGCUGAUUUUAUACACUUAAAUAUACACAUUUGACUCUGAGGACUUCAUAUAAGAGACUAUA